CCAUUUUUCAGUGCAUUUGGAUGGCUGAUAAAACCAUUAGGAGGGUGUUAAUGUCAGAGAUAUAACUCAGAUAAAUGGAUGUUUGCGUGUAUCUCUCUCUCUCUCCCUGUGUGUCUUGUCUGUGAAGCUGGCAGAGGCGUGUGGGCGGCAGUACCAGCUGGGAUCUGAGGGAUGGAGAGCGCUGAUAGCUCACUCUGCUUCUAAUACAUUUUUAACACCUUCCGUGUAAAACAUGCCAAGACUCUAACACAGGUUUAUCUUCACGCUAUAGUGGAAUUUGAAAGUCCGCGAUUGUUUCAUGACCAUAUGUCUUGCAUAGUAUUUCUGUGUACAUCAUCUGUUUUUUAGCACUGAAACCUGUUAAAUUUGUAGUGUUGUACUCAGUGCUCUCUGCUGAUUUCCCUCAGAUCUGUCUAUGGUUUGUCCUAUACACUCAGUCAUGUUUAUAAUAUGAUAUGGUAAAGGUCAGUUACACUAAUGUGAUCACAGCAGGCCAGUAACCUUAAUGAGGCUGUAAAGAUGGAACACAUGCUGUCAUGUUUGGAGGAGGUCCCACCUUCUCUCUCCUCUCCUCCUCUAUGUCUCUCUCUCUCACUUUCUCUCCAGCUCUCUCCCUCUCACUUUGUGCGUGAGCGGCUGUUACUGAACAUACAGUGAUUGUUAGUAAGAGACUGUUGGCAUCUGCAUUAUACAGUAAGAACACUGAGGUCUAGAAUAGUCUUAAAGAUCGGCCAUUCGAGGUGAGCUCUUCUACAAUCUGUAAGUCAUCACUCAAGUAAGCCAUGGACUGUCACAAUCAGGAGGAGUGCAGCCGGCCCCAGGAGGAGGAGGACAUUAUGGACAUCCCGUUAGAUGACCCCGAGGCCAACAGGGCAGCUGCUAAGAUCCAGGCGGGUUUCCGUGGUCACAUGACCCGCAAGAAGAUGAAGCCUGAGGACAAAACAGAGGGGGAGGAGGUGAGCAGUUCUGGGGAUGUGCUCAACGGCAGCCAGGGGGCACAGAGACAGGAAGAUCGAGGCCAGUAGGAGGCGACGACACAUCUGUGCCAGAGCAGUGACCCCCUAGAACUGACCUGGAUGAGGAAGAGAGAGAAUGCAAGGUAGAGCGAGCUGAUGAUGACGUAAGCCUGCUGGGCUGGCUUUCAGACACAUACCUUUAUACCCCCGUCCCAAGGAGUCAUUUGUUUUCAACACAAUUUAGCUGUAGAAAAUGAACAGUUUUCGAGGGUGAAUUUUGUGAACUUUAACACUCCUCUGCUUCUCCAACACUCUUAUCAGUAGGGAUGUCUUUGACCCAGAAUUCACAACUCACUGCAUGUACUUGUGAAACUUCUGGUAGUGUGCUAGUUUUUAGCUGAUCUGUGAAUGUGAAAAUGAAUGUCUUCUAAAUGCUAAACAGGGCUUAUUUUGGAUGGAUCAGACCAUCUGUGUGUAGACCUUUUGUGCAUCAACAUUGAACUAUUUGUAAUUUGUGGCUUUUAUUAGUUUGUUCUGUUGCUUUGUUUUCUGCACUGCUGCUUGUAUUAUAUCAUAUGGCUAUUUGACCUGCUUACACAACAAUCUAUAUAUAAUGAUUAUGUUCUGUUUAAGUUUUUAGAGUCUAUGACUUAAUUACCUUUUCAUCAAUUCUAUUCAGGCAUUUUUCUAUAAAUCAGAUCUUCCAGAGCAGUAAGCAUGCCAUAAUUUCAGUCCCAGUAACAUUUCAUACCGCUCAGUUCUACUAAACAUAGGCUCUAUAUACCCUGCUAAUGUUGUGUUGAUGGGUUUGCCUUGUUUGAUUUAUGUUAAAUCAGGUGUAUCAGUUGCAUUGCUAGAGUUUGCAGAGCUUGCAAAGUGAAAUGAAUUAUACCUUGCUGAAGUUGGCUGUAGAAUCAUGGCAUUACACUAUAAUAAAUGCACCUCAAAUAUGAAUUGCCUCUUUAACAGUGUGUAGUGUCUGAAAUGUUUGUAAUUUGUGUUCAAGUUAACCACUCAAACAAUGGCAAUUAUAUGUACAUAACAUACAUUGUUUUGAUUAAUUAAAUAAAACGUGACUAAAACGGU